AUGGUUGGCUCUUUCACGUUUCCUUUAUUUUCUAUCUUUCAAAUCAUCUUCUUUUUCGACAUCCUUCCUCUCUCUCUCUCUCUCUCUCUCUCUCUCUCUCAUGCUCCUCUCUCUCUCUCUCUCUCUCUCUCUCUACAUAAGUCUCUCUUCCCUUCCACCUCUCCCAUUAUUCUUUUUCUUUACAAAUUUGAUCUUUUUCCUUUCUUUCUUCGUGACUAUUUUAUCCUUUCUUUUUUCUUUCUUUCUUUCUUUCUUUCUUUCUUUCUUUUUUUUUUCUUUCUUUCUUUCUUCGUGACUAUUAUAUCCUCUUUCUUUCUUUCUUCGUGGCUAUUUUAUCCUCUUUCUUUCUUUGUGAAUAUUUUAUCCCUUUUCUUUCUUUGUGUUUAUUUUUUCUUUUUUUCAUUCUUCGUUACUAUUUUAUCCUCUUUCUUUCUUUCUUUCUUUCUUUCUUUCUUUCUUUCUGAUAUUUUAUUCUCUUUCUUUCUUUUUCUUUGUGAUUAUUUUACCCUCUUUCUUUUUUUCGUGACUAUUUUAUCAUCUUUCUUCAGAGAAGCAUUUCUUUCUAUCAUUCUCGUCCUCUCUCUUUUGCUAUCUACAAAGUCUGAUCCCUUCCAACUCAACUCCCUACCCCUCUCUUUCUUUCUUUCUUUCUUUCUUUCUUUCUUUCUUUCUUGUUCUAUCUUUUAUCCUUUCCUUUAUUCUUGUUCUUUCUUUCUUUUAUUAUUUCUUUAUUUCUGUCUUAUUCUUUUUAUUCUUGUUCUUUUCCUUCUUUUUUUUCAUCUUUUUCCUUAUUUUUCUUUUUCUUUUUCUUUCUUUCUUUCUUUCUUUCUUUUUUUCUUUCUUUCUUUCUUUCUUUUCCCUUCUUUCUUUCUUUUUCUUUUGUUAACGUUCUUCAUUUUCUUUCUAUAUGUUUCAUUUUCUUUCUUUCUUUCUUUCUAUUUUUUCUUUCUUUCUUUCUUUAUUUAUAAUCGUUUUUUCCGUUUUUAUUUUAUUUACUUCUUUUCUGGUGAUCUUUCAUUCUCUUUCUUUCUUUCUUUCAUUCUCUUUCUUUCUUUCUUUCAUUCUCUUUCUUUCUUUUGCUUCUUUUGUUUCUUUUUAUUUAAGUCUUUUUCUUUUGAUUUCCUUUACGUUCUUUUUAUGCUUCUUCAUUUUCAUUCUAUCAUGUUCCUCUUUCUUUUUUUCUAUCUAGGUUUGCUUUUCUUGUUUUUGAUUUUCUUUCUUUCUUUCUUUCUUUCUUUCUUUCUUUCUUUCUUUCUUUCUUUCUUUCUUUCUAUGCAUCCGUGUUUUCCUCUUUCUUUUGUUCUUACCAUUCUUCUUAAUUGCUUCUCUUUCGUUUAUUUCUUUUCGAUUCUUUAUUUAUUUCAUUCCUCUUCUUUCUUUUUCCUAAUUUACCCUCUUUCUAUUCUUCUAUUAGCUUCAUUCUUUUUCUUUCUGAUUCUUUUAUUUUUCCUCUUUUUUUCUUUCAGUUUAUUUUCCUCUUCAUUCUUUUGUUUCAACUUUCUUUUUUUUAUUUUGUUUUCUCCAAAUUUUUGCUCUUUUUUUAUUAUUUUCUUUAUUUUUCUUCUUUCUUUUGUUUUCUUAACUUUGUACCGUUUUCUUUAUUUGAUUUUUAUUUUCUUAUCUUGCCUUACCAAUUUUGUUUACUUUCAUCCCUCUUUCUUUUUUUCUUUCUUUCUUUUUACUCAUUUCUUUACUCUUCCCUUUUAUGAUAUUUAUUUUUUUUUUCUUUCUUGUCAAUAUAUUUCCUUCAUGUCUUUCUCCCUUUUCUCUCCACCUCUUCUUUUCCACAUUUGCCUUUCACUGUGUCUUUUCUUCUUCUUCUUCUUCUUCUUCUUCUUCUUCUUCUUCUUCUUCUUCGUAAUCAGAUCGUUUUCAGUCAAUGCUUAUCUCUUUACCAUUUGCUUUUAA